AUGCCAAUACUGUUUCACUGCUCAAACGCACAUCUCCCUUCACGCUACAUAUUCAACGUCCUCCUCUAUCAGCCCGACUUGGCGCAGUAUACAUCUAUCCUGGAUUUGCACUCCUCGAUGACAUUCGUGCCCGACAGUAGUGCUCUUCUCAAACAUAUGGCAGCAAAAGAUAUUGAUCCCUCUGUAUUUGAGUCGAGAAUCUGUUGGAAAAGCGUGGGGGCAAGUUUGUUAAUGAGUAUUUGCUCCAACAUAACAAGCCUGGCUUUGAAUGACGAUAGUAUUCUUGCCUUGCUCGAGUAUAGCCCAUCGUUAUGGGGCACUUUCGAGUGUCCCCAACUGAAAUAUCUUGAGUGUCAGCUGAACACAACGGAUGAACGAAUUUUCGAUGUGCUAUUAUCCCUUCUUCACGCUUCUCCCACACUGGAUGUUCUGAUCCUUAGCACGACGAAAACCGAUGAGGACUGGGCACAACUUCUCAGGCACGCCAUGUACAAGUUGCUCCCUCCCCUCAAUAACGUGGCUGAGAUUCAGGCCUUGUGGUGCCUGGUAAUGACGAGUUAUGAGACAAGCGGAAGAGAGACGCGGGACAUCAUCAUUCCUGUCAAGAACAUCCGCACCUUCAAAUACAGUGUCGACGCAAGCUCCGAGGUGUCGUCCAGACUUGAGCCAGAGUUAGUGGGACCUCGCCUUCCGAAUAACACUUUUCGGGCCUUGACAGCAUCGGCAGUGACUUUGAAGUGUCUUACAAUUGAUAAUCACGAAAUAAAGAGAGACUUCUAUUCGCGUUCCAUGUUCGUUUCUCCACAGCAGAUACGCCAGUUUUAUCAGCUGGAUACCCUCGAAAUCCGCCAAUCGUGCUAUUGCAGGCACGAGCGUGGAAAGAAAAAGCUGGAAGAAGAGGACUGGAAUAGAAACACAUACCUGGCCGACUUUCUUCCUACCACGGUAGAGCAUUUAAUAAUCCUUUGGAAGCCAGAUCGAACGACCUACCGAUGCUUGGACUGUGUCUUGUAUUUGGGCCAGCGUGCAGUGGCUGGCGACUUUCCGAUGCUUAAAAGCGUCGUUGUCCAAUGUCGCAUCCCUUCUGCUAUGAUGCAUGGCCUUCCAGGGCAAGACAACGGCGAGUACGCUGGGAUCAGUGAGGAGGAUGACGCCGUGGCGGAGCUAGAGGGACCGGCACGUCGUCUAAGAGAAGCCUUUGAGGGCUCUGAUGUGGCCACAGCGUUCCGGAUCUGGAGUCCCGUUGAUAAAACCUAUGUGAACAUCGAUGGUGAGGGUGGUGUAGAGAAAUUCGAUUUGUAG